UUGUUGUGUUUGUCUGCGGCGGGGUUGCCUCUCGGCUCAUUUGACUAUUUGGUUCUCCGUGUACCAACACUGAUACAGGCUGUGCCCUACUCCAGAGGAACAAGCGUUUAGUCCAGGAGAGAACAGAGUCAGCCUCGACUGCAGGGGAGGACCGGUAGGUGGCCGAGGCGACCGUGCGGGCAGUUGUUAACCAAGCUGAGCCGAACACCCGGUCCGAGAUGGAGGGUUAUGGACACGAGCACUUCAGGGGGAACAGGGGCGGCCGCCAGCUGGACUCCCAGAGGACCAUGGGGAACGAGGAGCCCCGCCCCGCCGGCACGUCUCCCUGGGGAGGGGACCAGCGCCUCCGGCUGAGCCCCCACGGACAGGGCCACGAGACGGCCGCCCAGCGCUACAGCGCCACGCGCAUCCAGGCUGGCCUGGGGCCUGAGAGCAUGGCAGACUACUUGAUCAGCGGAGGAACUGGCUACGUCCCAGAAGAUGGUCUUUCGGCUCAGCAGUUAUUCUCCAUCGGAGACGGUCUCACGUACAAAUCUGACCAACAGUGUGUUGACGCCGACGGUCUAACGGCAGAAGAGCUUUGCUCUAAAGGGGACGGGGUGACUUACAAUGACUUUCUGAUCCUGCCCGGCUUCAUCGACUUCAGCUCAGACGAAGUGGACCUGACCUCUGCCCUGACCAGGAAGAUCACCAUCAAGACCCCCCUUAUCUCCUCCCCCAUGGACACUGUCACAGAGUCUGCUAUGGCCAUCGCCAUGGCGCUGAUGGGGGGCAUCGGGAUGAUCCAUCACAACUGCACCCCCGAGUUCCAAGCCAACGAGGUCCGCAAGGUCAAGCGGUUCGAGCAGGGCUUCAUCACAGACCCGCUGGUGAUGAGCCCACGCCACACGGUGGGAGACGUGAUCGAGGCCAAGCAGCGACACGGCUUCUCUGGGAUCCCUGUGACCGAGACAGGCAAGAUGGGAGGGAAGCUGGUGGGCAUCGUCACCUCCAGAGACAUCGACUUCCUGUCAGAGAAGGACCACAGCCGGCCGCUGGAGGAGGCGAUGACUAAGAGGGAGGAGCUAGUGGUGGCUCCGGCUGGCGUCACCUUGAAGGAGGCCAACGACAUCCUGCAGAGGAGCAAAAAAGGGAAGCUCCCCAUCGUGAACGACAGUGACGAGCUGGUGGCCAUCAUCGCCCGGACGGACCUGAAGAAGAACCGGGAUUACCCUCUGGCCUCCAAGGACUCCCGCAAGCAGCUGCUCUGCGGCGCCGCCAUCGGCACGCGGGAGGACGACAAGUACCGCCUGGACCUGCUGGUGCAGGGCGGCGUGGACGUGGUGGUGCUGGACUCAUCCCAGGGGAACUCUGUGUAUCAGAUCAACAUGAUCAACUACAUCAAGCAGAAACACCCAGAGCUGCAAGUGGUGGGAGGAAACGUGGUGACUGCAGCCCAGGCUAAGAACCUGAUCGACGCGGGCGUGGACGCGCUCAGGGUGGGCAUGGGGUGUGGCUCCAUCUGUAUCACCCAGGAAGUCAUGGCGUGUGGGCGGCCCCAGGGCACCUCCGUCUACAAGGUGGCUGAGUACGCAAGGCGGUUCGGGGUGCCCGUGAUCGCCGACGGGGGGAUUCAGACCGUGGGCCACGUGGUGAAGGCCCUGUCACUGGGGGCAUCCACAGUGAUGAUGGGCUCGUUGCUAGCGGCGACCACAGAGGCUCCCGGAGAGUACUUCUUCUCUGACGGUGUGCGGCUGAAGAAGUACCGCGGUAUGGGCUCCCUGGACGCCAUGGAGACCAGCACCAGCAGCCAGAAACGCUACUUCAGUGAGGGGGACAACGUGAAGGUGGCCCAGGGGGUGUCUGGCUCGGUCCAGGACAAGGGAUCCAUCCACAAGUUUGUCCCCUACCUGAUCGCAGGGAUCCAGCAUGGCUGCCAAGACAUCGGAGCCAAGAGCCUGUCUGUGCUGCGUUCCAUGAUGUACUCAGGAGAGCUCAAGUUUGAGAAGAGGACCAUGUCUGCUCAGGUGGAGGGAGGAGUUCACGGGCUCCACUCAUAUGCUUUUGUCCCAUUUAUGAGAAGCGGCUCUACUAGAGGACAAGGCAAGACCAGGUGUGCCCCCGACGUCCCCUCCCCCCCCAGGACCAGAUGUUGUGAACCAAAUAAACCCAGGGGCCCCUCUGAGAGCUAGCUGGGGACCUUGAGUGUUUUGGACCAAGAGCUAGACUCGUCUGUAGAUCAGGGAUGUUUUUAAACCGCAGGUGGUUGAUUCGAGGACCGCAAGUGCAUCAAGAACCUCCUCUGCUGAGAAGCGUUUUAGAGAAACCAACGUGACAGAAUGUGAGCAUGAUGGGGUUUUGUUUUCUACGCAUGCUUUUCCUCAGUUCUUUUCGACAGGCCUCGAUGUAGAGGCUCUUUGUUUUUAUAAUCAGUUAUGUACUGCCAAGUGUGACGUGGUCUGACACGCUCUUUUUGUUAUAUCAAAGCCAAAAUAAGCACCCUCUCCCUCUGAUCCACCAUGUCCUGUACACGAUUGUGGCACCGCUUGUCUGCUUGUUGUAGAGUUGAAACCUGCUCUCACCAGAGAGAUGCCUUGAGACAGGGUCAGGAUUAUGGCUGCACAUGACCCAGGAACAGAUUUCCAUCUGAAGGCGUUGAUGUGCAUGACACUACACGCCCUCGCUCCUCCUUUUGUGUCACUUUUGAAAUAUUGUAAAGUAUUCCUGUAAGUUGGCAGAUGUAGGAAAAUGCGUUUUCUAAUGUUGUGAUCGAUGUCCUUUCGCCAGAUCUUUUCUAGGAUGUGUUAGCGGUCGCUGUGCUGAUGUUUCCUCUCACAGGUCACAAGGACCAAUGAGACUUUUGCAGUUUGUAGGAUUUGUAGGUAAAUGUACCUAAAGAUGGAGAAUUAUAAACCUCUGUCCAAUUGGAAUUGAUGACGUGUUAAAAUCCUCUACUUUGAACCUGACCUUGUUUACAACCGGACACGCAACAGAUUUAGAUUAUGCUUUUUCUGUUAAAUAUUGUAAAAUAAAUAAAAGUCAAAUGAACUGU